AGCAUUUCCUCUGCAAAGCAUGUCAACACAACAUGGCAGGAGUACAGAAAGGACUCAGCUGCUUUUAUUAGGACACAUUGAAGGGGAACGCGCUUGCAUGCUAGUCAUACGAUAGCAUCCAGGCUCCAAAGCUUAACUAUUUAUAUCCGUCGGUCACGUCGCUUGUCUUAUGUAAGGCCCGAAGACAACAACAAUGCACAAGAUCACAAAGGCGCAACUGCCCUUAAACGGACUUGCACGGUGUUUCCUAACAGAAAAGCACUUACCUGCUGUCAAUGUCGUCCGGAAAAGACUAUUUUGCUCACAAAAUGGAGAUGAUUUGGGGAAGAAUGAAGUUUACGAUGUCAUUAUAUCCGGAGGAGGAAUGGUUGGAUCUGCAAUGGCAUGUUCCUUAGGUAUGGAUCCCAACCUCGCAGACAAAAAGAUUCUGCUCCUAGAAGCUGGAAACAAGAAAGUAAUGGAUAAUGUUCCAGAUACCUACAGCACCAGAGUCAGCUCCAUCAGCCCGGGCUCUGCCACCCUGCUCAGUGGUAUAGGAGCAUGGGAACACAUCACAAAGAUGAGAUGCAAACCAUAUAAAAGAAUGCAGGUUUGGGAUGGCUGCUCAGAUGCCCUGAUCACAUUCGAUAAGGAGGACCUGGAGAAUGAAAUGGCGUACAUCGUGGAGAAUGACAUCGUGGUGGUUUCUAUCAUCAGACAGCUUGAUACUCUUUCUGAUAACGUCCAAGUUAAAUACAGAUCUAAAGUGGUGAAGUACACGUGGCCCAUGCCUCACCAUGCAGCAGACUCUGUCCCGUGGGUGCGGGUCACGCUGGCUAACGGGGAGACUCUUCAGACGAAGCUUCUGAUCGGUGCUGAUGGACCAAACUCAAUGGUGAGGCAAGAGUUGGGGAUACCCACAGUCAAGUGGAAUUAUGAUCAGUCGGCUGUGGUUGCAGUGCUGCACCUGUCAGAACCCACGGAGAACAAUGUCGCAUGGCAGAGAUUCCUCCCAACAGGACCCAUCGCGAUGUUACCACUGUCGGACACUCACAGCUCUUUGGUGUGGUCGACCAGCCAUCGGCUCGCCGAGGAGCUGCUGGAGCUGGACGAAGAGAGCUUUGUUGAUGCAAUUAACUCCGCCUUUUGGAGCAGCGAGAACCAUUCGGAGCUCAUUGAGACAGCUGGCUCUCUUUUCCGGAGCGCCCUGUCAGCCAUAAUGCCGUCUGCAGGUUCACCUCGACAGCUUCCUCCGAGCGUGGCGGGGAUUGGCCCGAAGAGCCGAGUCAUGUUCCCACUGGGUAUGGGCCACGCGUCGGAGUACGUCAGGCACAGAGUGGCACUGAUUGGGGAUGCAGCCCAUCGCGUCCAUCCUCUCGCGGGUCAAGGAGCCAACCUGGGUUUUGGAGAUGUGGCUUGCCUCACGCAGCUGUUGAGCCAGGCGGCCUUUAACGGGAAGGACCUGGGAGCCAUACAGCACUUACUAGAAUAUGAGACUGAACGACAGCGCCAAAAUCUGCCCAUGAUGGCCGCCAUCGACCUCAUGAAGCGCCUUUACUCCACCAACGUCGCUCCUGUGGUUCUCCUACGCACCUUCGGUCUGCAGGCCACCAACAUGCUCCCGACUCUAAAAGAGCAGAUCAUGACAUUUGCAAGCAAAUAAUGCAACUAUGGAGAAAAAGCUGGAUCUCCAGACUCCAAGCUUCAAAAGCUGUAAAGAUUAUCUGUGUAAGAAAUAAAUAAAAAACAUUUUUGCUGAUA